GGACAACGUAAAAAUAAUAGAACAAGCGAAUAUAAUGCAAUAUAUACAGCACAAUUGUGUUUAAAGUUAACAUUAAACCGAAUAUUUGUCGCCGUAUGGUAUUGUGAAACUUUCUUUUCCAAAGCCGUGUGAUUAGGCAGCUUGUUGAACAACUAUGAAUUUGGGUACACUUGCCCACUUGACGGUGUAUUUUCUGUUGAUUGUGGCUUUGGUGGUAGCCGGCACCGAAGCUUGGAUAGACGGUGACGAGGCCCCACUAUUUACGGUCAACCAGGCAUUCUCACCAACUCGCUAUAUUGUCAUUUUGGAGGAUGAUACACCAGCCAAGAGAUUUGUACAUGAAUUUGACCGUCAAACACGUGACCUCGGCGACUCCGGUUGCGUCAUUCACAAAACAUUUGACCACGCCCUGAAUGGUUUUGUUGCGGAUUUGUCUGAGACGUGUCUAAACCGAAUUCGUAAAAAUAAGUCAGUGCAACUACUCGAGCAAGACAGUGAAGUGAGGGUCAUGCCAGUUGACUUAGACGACGAAUACGUGCACUCAGAAUCGAUACAGUCAUGGGGGUUAGACAGGGUGGAUCAACACAAUCUUCCACUGGAUGGGAUCUAUGAGCCCGAUGGUGAUGGUGAGGGAGUUAAUGUGUACGUCAUCGACACUGGUAUACGGGUUUCUCACGAGGACUUUCAGGGGCGAGCAAAGGCGGCUUAUGACGUAUUUGGAGAAGAUGGAAACGACUGCAAUGGGCACGGUUCACACUGUGCAGGGACUAUUGGAGGAGCCCUCUACGGUGUGGCAAAGAAAGUCAGUCUAUACGGGGUGCGAACAUUAGGAUGUAAGGGUACGGGGCCCGCUUCAGAUGUUAUCACAGGUAUUGACUGGUUGAUACAAAAUGCCAAGCAUCCAGCCAUCGCAUCAAUGUCAUUUGGUGGCCUCUCCAGGGCCGUUGACAAAGCAGUGAAGAAGUUAACCAGCGCUGGUGUAUUUGUGAUAGCUGCGGCUGGAAAUGAGGCAGUCGAUGCGUGUACUGUGACGCCCUCUCGUGUUCCCGAGGUGUUUGCUGUUGGGGCUAUUGGACUGGGCGACAUGGCACCAUCGUUUUCCAACUACGGUAAAUGUGUUAAUAUCUUCGCUCCCGGAGUGUCGAUCCGGAGCGUCGGGAUAAAGUCAGACACGGACUUUAUAAGCCUCAGUGGAACAUCUAUGGCAUGCCCACAUGUUGUCGGUGCUGCUGCAAUUAAGUUUUCAAAGAAUCCAAAUAUGACAAGAGAAGAGUUAGAGGAAGCUCUCCUAAACGACGCAACCCAAAAUAUCGUCGUGUCAGCAAAGGAUAACACUCCUAACCGUCUGCUUUACGUUCAAAGUGACCAAGACUAGUUUGAUUGGAAAUAGUGAUCAGUUUGCAAAGUGGUUCUUGGCAUAUACGGGAAAGCUUCAUUUACAAAAAAAAGAGUUUUGACACAAAAACUUGGACAAUACAUUAUUUCCACUGAGUGGUUGUGUUAUCAGUGAAUUACUUUGAUCAUAAAACUGUAAAAAAUGUUGAGAAGCGAGUCUGCCUGGGUCAGUUAGCAGUCUCAUCUCGCGAGAAAGUUAUGAGAAAGCCGUUUUCGAGCUUUAACCACAACUAACAUUUAACGACUUGCCACAAGUCUCAAGUCUACUUGUUCCGUAACUGUUGUAGUUCAUCCUAAAUCGAUUUAAGUGAAGAUAAUUUAGCAAAACAAAAAGCACUGAUCCGUCGUCAAGCCGGUAAUUGUUGAAACUCAAAUGUAUACCCAAUAAAAAAUAAACUGACAUUUAACAAACGGCAUCAUU